CUUGGAUGUUGGAACGAUGGAGUGCGCAGGGCAGGGCAGGGCAGGGCAGGCCAUGGCAGUGGGUGUGGGUGGAGCGGGGUGUGUGCGCUCCACGCUCGGGAGGGCUCGGCUGUGGAAUGCAUGACAGACAGUCUAUCAUUCGAGGGCCAACGACCAACAUCGACAGUACCGCUGACUCUUAGGUGUUAUUGCCUCCCGCGGCUUCACGUCACAAAAGUUAUCAAAAAACUACCUCCUAGCAGGACCGAGGUAUUACGGUGUUCACUACGGCAUCGGCAAACGGAAUACCCAAGCAAGAGGAAGAGGAAGAAGGGGGAGAAGAAGCGUCACAAUGUCUUCGUCACUCAACCUCCCGAUCCUGUCCAUCCCAUUCUACUACGCCCUUGCCAUCUUCCCCCAUGGCUGGGCCAUCACCCGAGCCUCCAAAGGCAAUAUGAGACGCCACGAUAAUCGAAACCCUAAAGGUUCCUCGUAUCAAGAGGCUCUCAAGAAGCGCCUCACUGCGGCUGAGUUUGCAGCGUUUGAGCGCGCCGAGUCCUGUCACAGGAAUCAUCUGGAGAACAUGCCUCUAUACGUUGCUGCCGUAUUCGCUGGCUUGCUGGCAGAGAACAAGCUAGGCAAGGGCAGCAUUGGACUCGAGAGCUUUGUUUAUGGAUGGAACCUGAUCAGGAUCCUCUACACGGCAAACUAUCUGACCACCGAGACGAAACUGUGGAGUUACUUAAGGAGCUUGUUGUAUUUCACAGGGACGGGCUGGGCCUUUGCCAUCUUGUACCGGGCUGCAAAGGCGAUCGGAGAACAGGUCUGAGCAGUGCUCGAGUCCUCUCAGGGCCGACAUGGCAGCUAUUCGUGGGCUCAGUCAACAGCAGAAGAGAAUAGUCUUGCUUGAUCUGACCUUCUCUUGAGCUUUUCUGCAAUCGGCCUUUGAAACGCUUCGCUCCGUCUCGCAUGUUUUCCAGAUCGUGGUCAGCUCGCGAGUCCCAAUAGUCUAAGGCAGGACUUCGAGAGUGUGCAUAUCCCGAUGCGGAAGAUAAUCGUCUGGUCGUUUCCCAAUCCAGCAACGAAUUUGGCAACAUGGCUAGCAGAACACAAGACACGAGGAGGAGGAGACGUUGGACAUUAUCUGGUCAGCAAUCGCAACUAAGGUACCCAAUUGAGUCCUCGACAUAAGAAACGCACCCACGAUCACGUGGCCCUGAACUUCGGUACUUCAGAAACUCAACCUUUGCUCUUCCCAAAUAUACCAAAAUGUGUCUCUGGUUAAUAUUCAAUCCAUAACGGCGCCCGGUACGCGGCAUCCAAUCUUCGUAGGGACAGAACCUGAUCCCCGUACUAACACUCCCACCACAGCACCUCUCCCCCCUGCUCUCUCGUUUCACUCGGAUGAAGCAUCCUCCCACUAGCACCAUCCUGCGCCAAGUCACUCGCCGUUCGACUCUUCUUCCUCCUCCAGAAGGAGAAGCAGCCAUAUUCUGCUGUUGUCUUUGCAGGAGAGAUUUCGAACCCUACAAACUUCCUCGACCCUUCUGGCAUUUUGCUCGCUUGCACCUGACACCAUUUCUCUGCAUUCGCUACAGCUUGAUUGUGGUAGCGAAAACAACUCGACGAUCUCCGGUGGACUGUGGUGCCGUUUGUAGAUUGGACGUAAGACUUGUAAUGCACAAUAGUGCUGUUCGGGAAGGCUUUGGAGAACAUAUUCUUUCCCUUCGAACUUCUUGUUUGCGGUAUUGGCCCUCUCGUGCUUGAUCUGGUGGUAGGCUCGAUUUGUUC